AUGGCACACGUGGGCCACAGGGUGGACUACCUGGCCGGCUUCUGCUGCCCGGUGGGGGGGCUGGUGGCGGGCAAGCCCCGGGUGCUGUGCCACGAGAACGAGAUCUACCUCUCCAACGGCAGCGAGUUCGUCUACGUCUACGACCAGGAGGGGAAGGUGCUGAAGGCUGUGUACCGGUGCCCCGACCAGGUGUGGCAUGUGGAGCUGCUGCCCCAGCCCCGGCAGCUCUACAUCCUCUGUGCCCACAGCGGCAUUUACUGCGUCUCCCUGGACCAGCAGAGCAGGUUAAUGGAGCAGACGGAUGGUGACGGCCAAGAAAGCAAUUGCCCUUCCGGCGUCUUCCCUGUGGACUCGGAUGCCUGCAUCUUCCCAGACUCCAGUCUGUGCAUGUUCACUCUGCUCAACAACUUCGUCAUCACCUUGUCCCAGGCUCACAGCAAAUGGUGGAUGAAACUGCACGAGCUUCCGCACCCCGAGCAGGAGAGUCCCCCAUAUCGGCAGGUCAGCGAGGUGGGCUUCUGCCCCGGCCCCCAGCCCCAGGACGAGGGGGACGGCCCGCCCUCCCACUUCCUGCCCGUCCUGUGCUGCGCAUCCUCCCCAGGCACCAUGGGGUCCGGGGAGGGGCUGUGGUGCUCAGGGGGCUUCGUGCUGGAAGAGCCCCUCUUCAGCCUGCUCUUCGGGAUCGAUGCUGCCAUGCUGGAGUCUCCUAUGAUCCUCUGCGGCUUCCCGGACGGACAGCUCUGCUCCGUGCCACUGAAGGCCCUCAGCUCUUUGCCAGCUGUCGACGGCUGCCAUGACGUUUCAAACCAAGACUCCCCCGUGAAGAUCCUCCAUCAUUUGGAAGAGCCUAUCGUCUUCAUUGGGGCCUUGAGAACGGAGCGGAGGGCAGCGGAGGAUGCCGAGGACGAGCAGCUCUUCGGAGACGCUGGUUGUGACUGCGUGGUGGCCGUGGGCCACUACGGGAAGAUGGUGGCCGUCAAGGCAGAUCAGAGGGAGGAGGCGACGGUGCCGGAGCUCAGGGAGUACUACUUGCGUGGGCCCAUUCUCUGCGCCGCCUGCGGCAGCGGCAGCCGGAUGUAUUACAGCACACACUCGGACAUCUCCGCCGUCGACCUGGACUGGGUUGGCGAUUCCUCUGACCCUGAGGACGCGGAGAGCUGUGCCGGUGUCCUGCCUCCCGUCCUGUCUCCGGCCAGUUUAAGUAUCUGUAGCGUUGUGGCUCUUUCCUUGUCUUCUCGGGCGUCAGAAGGUGAAUCGGAGCUGCUGGCCUUGUCUGCCAAGGGCCGCCUCAUGACCUGUGACUUAUGCAGCCCCGAGGACGCUGAUGUGGAGCUGACACCCGCCGAGGCCGGACGGAGGAUUAAGGAGCUGCUGUCCGGAAUAGGCAACACCUCGGAAAGGGUUUCCUUCCUGAAGAAGGCGGUGGACCAGAAGAACCGAGCCCUGGCCAGCCUGAACCAGGUGAUGAAUGUGAGCGCGGCUUUGCUGUCCAGCCAAGAAGGCCAGAAGCCCAUUGCUUGCACUGUCACUGCCAACUGGAGCUGCCUCCUGCUCCAAGAUACCGUCACCAUCUCCUGUCUGCUGGAGAACUGCAGCGAGUACAGCCUGGAGGAGGGCUGGACCCUCUGCGUUCAGCUCCUGGCCAGCCCUUGUGCCUUAGAGGAGGAGUCUGUGGAUUCGGCCACCACCUUCACCUUCCCCAUCGACCAGCUCCUCCCUGGGAACAAGAGGGAGCUGACGCUGCCCCUCAGCUCCGCUGCGGAUGCCAAGCUGGACCUGCCUCUGACCAUCUCCUGUGCCCUCUACUACAGUUUACGGGAUAUUUUGGGCAGCGGCUCCGACUCCUCCGAGGCCCUGGACGACCUCCUGCCGGACGACUCGCCCAUCCUCUCACCGGACAGAGAGGGGAUCUGCCUGCCCCUCAGCGAAUGCACCAUUGACAUGCUCCAGUGCCUCCGUUUUGAGAGCAGCCCCCCUGGGCCAGAUGCCUCCCCGCUGGCGGCUGCCCCCCCUGCCCCCCCAGACCCUGUGGAGACCUUCCUCAAAGUGUCCCGGGAGCAGACUGAGCCUGAGGGGGCGAAAGCCGGCGAGCUGCCGCACACCCCGGGAGAGAGAAACCUGCCCCCCUCGGCAGCAUCCAUCAGGGUGUCCUCGGAGCUGCUGAAAAACGCGCUGAAAACCUCCAGCUCAGAUAUCCCACUGAGCUGCGCCACGCUGCGCUGGCUGCUGGCUGAGAACUCCGGGGCCGAGGCGCUGAGCAGCGGGGAGGUGGCAUCAGUGCGCGGCGCGGCGCCGGACGGAGGCGAGGUGCAGCUGCUUGUCCGAGAGGUGGCCAUGAACGACCUCAGCCCAGCGGGCCCCAUCCAGGCCGUGGAGAUCCUGAUGGAGAGCCCCACCCUGGCCGACAUGUGCAGGAUGCACCACGCCGUCAUCCGGCGCAUCCAGGCGCUGGUGCUGGAGCAGGCGGCACAGGGCUCCGGACCCCCCGACCUCCGCAUGCAGUACCUGCGCCAGAUCCAGGCCAACCACGAGAUGCUGCUGAAGGAGGCGCAGACCCUGCGUGACCAGCCGCCCCUCGGCGAGGAGGGAGCCGCGACGGCAGAGAAGCUCCUGCACAUCUACAGGCAGCUCCGCAACCCCAGCCUUGUUCUCCUGUGA